AUGGCUCCAGCAGUGAUGAUAGACAAUACGCCCGACUUUGAAAUGCCCUCCGCACCAGCUCCCACCAAGUCCGUCUCAGGCCAACGGACACUCCUCCUCGCCCCGCCUUCAGUAUCGUCCCAUCCUCAGGCCCUUACCAAUGUCGCUGCCGCCUACGACCGUAGUGCGACUGACAUACAGAUGCUCGAUAGGCUCGCCAUGGGUCUCGUCGCACUUCCCACGGCCACAUACGAUGUCGUACUCCUCCUUACAGACGUUGACGGGUCGCGCAGUGAAAGCUCACGAUUACUGGAUCGACAGGCGAUGCAGAAAUUGGUGGAGAGUAUGAAGCCUGGCGGGAGGCUACGGUCACAGGAUGGGAGCUUCGGCGGGGCGAAUGCGUCGGAACAGACUGAGGCUAUUCUGGCAGGACUGGCUGCUGGCGGAGGAGAUGGGAUGGUGAAGCCUGAGAGUGGUGGCGGCGCGCAGACCGUCACAUUGAGCUUUGGUAAGAAGAAGAAGGCGAAUGCAGCAGCUGUACCGCUGAACGCCACAGAAGCCUCGGUGACUGCGAAGAGGAAGAGUGAGGAUAUAUCAAGUGGUAGCGCAUCGCUGGUACAAGGCAAUGGCAGUGUCGUAAGAUCAACACCUGCUGGCGUAGGCUUCGUCGACGCGAAUGACGACUUCGAUGGUGGCUUCGAUGAUGGUAAUGGCUAUGAUGAGGAUGACGAUAUGGAGAUACCAGAUGAUGCGGAGCUGGAGGCUGCCGGCCAGAUCGAUCCUGAUACUCUAUUAACAGAGGAGGAUAGGAUGAAGCCCAUAAUAAUUCCCGAUGCGUGCAAACCUAACACCAAGCGACGACGAGCUUGCAAAGACUGCACAUGCGGUCUCGCUGAGCGCCUCGAUGCCGAAGACAAAACGAAGCGCGUCAACGCCGACUCGAAUCUUGCUAAGCUGUCUGCGACGGAUCUCAACGAGGUCGACUUUACAGUCAAGGGCAAGGUUGGCUCGUGUGGUAACUGCGCUCUGGGCGAUGCUUUCAGAUGCGAUGGUUGCCCGUACAUCGGACUCCCUGCAUUCAAGCCGGGAGAGGAGGUCAGGCUAUUGAACAACGAUGUGCAGCUGUAA